AUGAAAGCAGUAGCUUUAGCUCAGAAGGAUUCAUUCAAUGAGCAUCUGGAACGGAUCUUGCCAGAAGGUCGCCAUGAGGUUCCAUUUUCAUACACACUCGCCAAGACUCUGCCAUCAUCAUUCGAAGGCGAAUACGGCUAUAUUCGAUAUACGUGCAAAGCCACUUGUGAACGACCAUGGGAUUUUGAUAUCAGUAGCAAGAAAGCGUUCACAGUUGUGGGCAUUGAAGACCUUAACGAAGAUCCAAAGGUAGAGCAACAAAAGAAAUUCAACUUCGAAUUCGCACAUUUGCCGAAACUGAUCAAUCGCAAGUGA